GGGGUGACCGCACUUGUUGCGGGUUUGGUGGCGCUGCCUGCUCGGUGACUGAGCAUGGUCGGGCAGUAGCGCGGAGAGAGGCACCGGUGGGCCUGUCCGCCAUCGCCGUCGCCAUGGGGCGGUACUCGGGGAAGACGUGUCGCCUCAUCUUCAUGCUGGUGCUCACGGCCGGCUUCUUCGUGGCCGAAUUGGUGUCGGGCUACCUGGGCAACUCCAUCGCGCUCGUGUCCGACUCCUUCAACAUGCUCUCGGACCUCAUCUCCCUCUGCGUGGGGCUCUCCACGGGGCGCAUCGCCCGCCGCAGCCGCCGGGGCCCCCGCGCUACCUACGGCUACAGCCGCGCCGAGGCAGUGGGGGCCCUGAGCAACGCUGUCUUCCUCACCGCCCUCUGCUUCACCAUCUUCGUGGAGGCCAUCCUCCGCCUUGCCCGGCCCGAGCGCAUCGACGAUGCCCAGCUGGUGCUCAUCGUUGGUACCCUCGGCCUCGCCGUCAACCUGGUGGGGCUGCUCGUCUUCCAGGACUGGGGUGCCUGCUGUCGCCGUCGCCGCCGCCCGUCCGUCCCACCGCCUCCUGCCGCCGCGCUGCGGGCUGUGCCGGGCAGCACCCCGGCUGGGGAGGCGGAUCAAGCAGGUGAUUCACCAAAUGACCAAAAGAGCCCUGAGGAGGGGCCUGAGAAGAAGAAAGAGAAAAAAUCUGAAGCCUUGAACAUCAGAGGUGUUCUUUUGCAUGUUAUGGGAGAUGCACUUGGAUCUGUGGUCGUGGUAAUUGCUGCUACAAUCUUCCACGUACUUCCUCUGGAGAAUGCUCCAUGUAAUUGGCAGUGUUACAUCGAUCCAAGCCUGACAAUAAUUAUGGUGUUCAUCAUCUUGUCUUCUGCAUUCCCACUUAUCAAGGAGACCUCAGUUAUUUUGUUGCAGAUGGUUCCCAAAGGUGUCAACAUGCAACUACUGACUGACAGACUAGGUCGUGUACCAGGGGUUAUCAGCCUUCAUGAGGUGCAUGUCUGGGAGCUUGCAGGUGGGAAGAAUAUUGCUACUCUUCAUAUCAAGUGCCAAACACCUACCGAUUACCAAGAUGCUGCUUAUAAAAUACGGAAGGUUUUCCAUGACGCAGGGAUCCAUUCUGUGACCAUCCAGCCUGAGUACAUUGACCACAAGACCUCCCAGCUCCUGUGCAGCUCACCCUGCAUCUCAAAAUCUUGUGACUCUCAGCUGUGCUGCAGCCAACGGGAGCUUUCCGUGGCUAAAACUAAUGGCUGCACUGAGAAAAAUGAUAGUUCCCUUUCUGUGCUGCAUAGAGACAAUGGUUCAAGUAAAAAUCAUAUUGAAAUACCUGUUGAGUACCCACUGGCAGAGGAUAGCAUUAAAAAUGUGAAAAAUGGUGACAGGCCCAAUGACAAACCACAGUUAGGCAGCACACGACUCUAGGCUCUGUUCCACAUGGUGUUUUCACAGAACAAACAUCCUGGCUGGGGAGAGGGGGUCAUGGGUGGUUGUGGCUGAAGUUGUUGUGGCAACAAGAUAUCUGUGCUUUAGCUGUAAACCAAAAUACACCUAAACCCCCCUUGUAUCUGAAAUAAGGAUUAAUAUUUCCAUGAAGGACAGUGUGUUCAUCUAAGGUUUUUCUGAUACAGCCUAACCCAGUUCCUUACCAAACUGUGUGUGAAUCUCUGUUGAUAGAGUGGAUGGGGCAUGUUGCUGUCUGCACUGAUGCUUGCAGUUAAUGGCCAGUGGCACUGGGAAUAAAACUCUGGCCUUUUCUGCUGAAGUGAGCCGUUUCCUGAAAGCCCUGUGGCCAGUUAACCAUUGUACUGGGCUGAAGUACUGUAUGUUUAUAAAGGACUUCAGUAGAGAUGCUUUACUGAUCCUGAAACCCCAUUUUUGCAUAGACAGUUCAUGUUUAACAGUAACUCUGGUGCUUCUGGCCAGUGGGGUUUGUGAGUGAAAUGAAGAGUGUCUAAGGAAGAGGGGAAGCACUCAAGAAUUUUGACUUGCAUUGAUUUCUUGAUUGACUCCUGUAUUUAUGGACAGAACCUAAUCACAGAUAAUUAUGCUGAAGAACAGAAUUCUUGUCAUGAAAGCAAAGAAAUACUAACAUUGUCUGUACAGAUCCUAGCAAAUGGAAAUGCAGGGAGUCAUCCAAUUAACUUUUACCUUGUUCUCUGUUGUGAUUGUACAACUCAAGUCUUUUCAGUUUUAAUCUUUUGUCUCCUCACAACAGAAGUUAUGAACUCCACGAUCUAAAUUCAUCAUUGUGCAGGAUGAUUGCAGCAUCUUUAACCCCCAGCAUCUGUCAUUUUUCAUGCUGAAUAAAUAAGCUGAUGUCUUUAUUAUGAGCAGUUAAAAUUCUGCAGUUCUCUUGUUAAGGCAUUAUUAAUUAAGAAAGUCCCUUUGAAAUUUUAUAUGCAGUAUUAUCACUUAGAGGGAGCUUUAAAAACACCCAAACCAACAAAACACAGGGAUUUUUUUUCCCCAGGUUUAGUCUCAGUUAUUUCUCGUUUGUUUGUUACAAAGGUCUAAGCCCUCCUCUCUGCCCUGCCCCUCCUCCCCCUGCCCAAAGGUGUAUUUCAAAGUCUGUUUAGUGAAGCAGUUCCAUUAUCUUUUUGCUGCUUGCUCUUUUUUGAAGGCAUGCAAGGAAGGGUACCUUAAGGAAAACAGGACGACGUGCCCUGUCACCAGUGCUGGAUUUGGCUUAGGUGUGUUCUCUAGGUUGCUGGGAGAGGAGAUCUAUUAUCUAAUCAACACUGGGUGUAGUGCUUAGCCUCGCUGGCUGUGCAGAUCAGAUCCAGAAGUGUUCAAAUACAUUUUGCUGUCAAAAGCAGAAUGGUUUGUGUGGCCUGGCCAGGCUAUUUAAUUCAUUUAUUCAUGGGGACAUCUAUAUAGAAUAGUAGUGUCUUUGCCUCAGUAAUGUCUGAACAGAAAAGGCAAAUUGAUUUCCUGCCUGGGCUGGGAAAAAAAUAGGACCUCCUUGUAAGGCUAACUUGAAAGCAGCAAGCUCCUUAUUAGCAUGGAUGAUGACAUUAAGUUAAUGAGUAUUGACAGGACGAGGGAUAGUGGCUUUAAAGUGAAAGGGAGUAGGUAGAGAUUAGAUGUAAGGAAGAACUUCUCCAUGAGGGUGGUGAGGCACUGGAACAGGUUGCCCAGAAAGAUUGUGGAUACCCCCUCCCUGAAAGUGUUCAUGGUCAGUUUGGAUAGGGCUUUGAGCAACCUGAUCUAGUGGAAGAUGUCCCUGCCCAUGUCAGGGGGGGGUUGAUGAUCUUUAAGGUCUUUUUCAAUCCAAACCAUGCUAUGAUUCUAUGAAUAUUAAAACACUCAGCAGGGUAUUUUGCUGCUUGGAAAAUUAUAUUUACUGAAGCAGCAAUUGCAGUCUAAAUAGCACAUUUCUAGAUUUGGAGUUCCCUUUUUUUUUUUUUUUUUGCACACAUUCAUAGGUGAAUUAAUAUAUUUGAUGGCCUCCCAUUGUAGGUUUGUACUAUAGAAAUUGAAAUAUGUGUUAGCAUAAUUAAAAGCUCGAUCCUCCAGUCUUUUGAUUCUGUUGGCAGCAGGAGAGGUGAAAGCAGCAGGAUCUUGCUCGGCAGUUAUUGCACGAAUUAAUGUAAAUCAGGAAACAUUUUAAGGCUUGUUCUGUCUUUUAAAAGCCUGUGGCACAAAGUAAGACAGCCCUUUCUUCUUUUUGUCCUUAUUUUCAUUGAUGAUGGUGUUUUAAGUGUCGCUGUUCAGGUGUAAAUAAAAAGCAUAUCUAUAGGGUUUUUGUUAAGAACUGGAACAGAAGGCUCCCAAAAUAACAACAAAGUCUACAGGAGAGCUCGGUUUCUAGAUAGCCUGUAAAGGAAGCACCCUUGCAUAACUAUGCUUUUGUGUCUUACAUCAGGGAAAAUGUUUUGGUUUGGUUUGGUUUUUAAUGUAUAAAUUAUAUUAAAUGGUUGAAAGAUGGAAUGGCAGUAUUGUUUACUCUGGAAUUACGGAGAGCUAGUGCGUGUAACGUUUGGGCAUUUGAUGA